ACUUAUAUAUAUAAAACAACUCACCACAAAACUGUCAAUAACACGCAGUGCAGAGCAUCACAAAUCAUUGUAACACAGAAACUAUUGAAGAAAAGGAGCGAUCAAUUAAUAGAAAAGAUGAAGCCGAUCGAUGACAGGCAAGAGAAAGUGACGAUUCGAGCGGUUAGUCGCGACGAAGAAGGAAGGAAGAAGGUGGAGAAGACCGAACUCGAAACGCACAACGUGGACACCGUCAAGUACGUGGAGAAGAAGCUCGUCGACAAGGGCGUACAGCGCAUGGAGCGCCAUCCUGCUGACGGCAUCGGAAUCGGGAGGCCGCUGCCUAAGUCCGGCCGUGGAGGGAAGUACACGUGGGAGGGUCCUGCUGACAUGGCGGACAACGAGCUCAACGCGGCUCCGGCGGCCAUCGACGAGAAGGAUCCAAACUAUGUUGAUGAGGAGGAAGAUGUUCUGAGGGAGCUGGUGAAGGGUGAGGUUGAAGUGGCCAAAGCUGCGGAGGAUAAAGGUGUUGCUAGGGUUGAUGUUGAUCCUCGCUUGCAACAGUCUUCUAAUAAUUAACACUCAUCAAUAUCAAUGGUUGAUCAAUCAAUCAAUAAUUUGUUGCUAAUUUCCGGUGUGUGUGUCAUGUGAUUCUAUAGUUUUUUCAGUUUUCGUUUUGCUUUGACUUGGAAGUUGUACUAAUAUUUACAAUACUGCUGGUUAAAUGAAAUGUGAAGUUCUUUUUCCUA